UCGUGACACUUGACUACUCAACAACGCUCUCAGCCUCGUUUUUGGUGGAUUCGCGUGAUUUUCGUGAUCGUGAGUGACAAACUUCCCGGAUUAAAUAGGUGGCUGCGGGCAAGAUGUCUUCUUCAGCCGUGAAUUUACGGGUGAAGGUGCACCCCAGCGUGCUAUUCCAAAUCACGGACGCUUACGAACGGCGUCCGGCCGACAAUCAACGCGUGGUGGGCACACUCUUAGGCACGGUGGAUAAGGAGAGCGUGGAAGUGUCCAAUUGCUUCACAGUACCGCACAAAGAGGGCGGGGAAGUUCAAUUCGAUUUGCAACACGCCACCUCUAUGUACGAACUCAACAAGAAAGUUAACCCACAGGAAGUUUUGGUGGGCUGGUUCGCCACGGGCAGUUCAAUCACCAACCAUUCCGUGCUCAUUCACGAAUACUACGAUCGGGAAACGAAGAACCCCAUUCACCUGACCCUAGACACCACUCUGAACGCGUGCAAGAUGAACAUGAAGGCCUACGUGUGCGUGCCCAUUGGCGUCCCUGGAGCGACCUCAGGAUCCAUGUUCACCUCGGUUCCGGUGGAGGUCUUGGCCUCGGGCGCCGAGGUCACUGGCCUUGAUUUGCUCCACAAAACCAAGUUCACCAAACUGCGUCAAGUGGAACCCAUGCCGGAUCUGGUUCGCGUUUCCGAGGGUGUGACCAAGCUUGAAUACAUGUUGGAUGCCGUGACCAAGUACGUGGAGGCCGUGUUGUCGGGUCAAGAGACCCCGGACAAUUCUGUGGGACGGAAGCUUCUGGAUUUGGUCAAUUCCGUGCCCAAGAUGACGCCUGAUGAGUUUGAGAAGAUGCUGAACUCCAACAUGAAAGAUUUGCUGAUGGUGAUCUACUUGACUCAACUCACCAAAACCCAGUUGCAACUCCACGAAAAGCUGUUCGCAGUGUCCGUGAACCAAUUGAAAGAUUAUCAAAAACUUCUCCACGAGUAGACCACGACGACCUUCAUUCACCACCGCGAGAAACAGUUCUUAUUAUUCAAUUGCCCUACUAAAACAAAACGACGAUUAUUACUUUCGAGCCCA